AUGGUAACUCGUAGACGAACAGCAAUUCAAAGAACCAUAAGGAGUCAAGCACGCGCUUGCAUUAUUCAAACAGUAAGAACUUUUUAUUGUUUUUAUUCUUUGUUUUAAGAACACGGUUCUGGGAGAUGAGUCCACGUUAUUAGAGAAGACAGCCGAUGCCACUUACUGCGUUCCUAAGCGGACAAGGGGUCCUAACAAAAAUCCAAGGACUAGACGGAAGAAGAAAGAUGAGGACGAUGGAAUCUAUAUGGGACCAGAUCCAGCUGAAAUGGAGCGAUUAAUGGGAGCGGUAAGACGUUCGAUGUAUUGUAUAUCUUCUAGAUUGACGAUGCAGAAGAUUUUGAGUUGGUCUUUGAAAAGGUUAAACCAGAAACCUAUGUUUAUAAUGGAAAAGUUAAAAAAGGGAAUGUUGUGGUAAGUAGUCCCUAUUUGUUUGUCAACUUGAUUUGAGGACUCAACUUUGAACGGCUCUCAAUUAUCAGAUACUACGAUCAAAACGGCAACAGUAGAGCAGAGUGUUAUCUAUUCGGAUUGGUCCUCUGUUGGAAGUCGCAGCAUGCCAUUUACUAGCCCAUCUCUUGAGAAUAACGAAUUACAAGAUUCUCUAAAAAGUGAUCGGACCUUGCUUCCAGAUGAAGAUAAUACCACGGCGUUUUCAAAUAAAGAGAACUUUGUAGGUUUUUGUUGGUGUGUUAAGGUUAUUUUAGGUGUGCGACUCUUCGCUAACAUCGAGAUCUCCAUCAACCAAGAAACGUCGCACGUUGAGUGUAUUAGAAGACGAUUUGCUUGAAAACCGUUCAAUAGAUGAUCAUUUGACGUCCUGUGAGGGAUCAAGUCGAAUUACGGAAUCCGAGUCAACCUCUGAUGGAUAUAGAACGCCACCAGAAGAUAUCCCGGAUGAUCCAGCCAUUGAUGAGCUUAUAGAAAGAACAGCUACACGACAAGAUUAUGUUCCAGACCCCUCCGAAAUUCAAAAAACGGCAUCUUUGUACGAUGCGGACGACCGAAUAAGUGAUGUGGUGGGUGAAGUUUCGUCAGGGGUUUUGGAGAAAAACACCAGUGCUGAGACAAUUUUACACUCUGACCGAACAAAGUCAGAUAUUUCCAUGGCAUUAAAUGAAGACGUCGAUGAAUCCGGCAAUAAUGUAAUAUGUAACACGGAGCAGACGAUUUCAAAGAGUUCUGAUACGACUUGUACGAGGCGUAUUGCACGAAGUCUAAGGUCGAAAACAAAAACCGAGUCCUCACUCUCCAUGACACGAGAAGAUUGUGAUUUUGCCACGGGUCGCACCUACGAUAGUGUUGAAAUAAGUUCUAGAUUAAGCGAUGUUGCUGACAUUUUGAACUCAAAGUCUUCGAGUUGCACUGGAAAAAGAUCAGAUGGCUCACAACAUUCAACCGAGGUGGUUGGAAGUAUUCAUUCUACGUUGACUCAACAGAUUCAGGAUGCUGAGUGCGUUGCCACCAAAGAAACAUUGUCAUUGGAAAAGUCGAAAGCAACCGGACGAUCAACGAGGGAGAAUUCUUCACCAACGGCUUCUUCAACCCAAAUCGAGUCAAGUGCAUCGCAGAAGAGUGUGGUCUGCUCAUCUCCAUGCUUAAACUCUACUCAGGCUUCGACUUCAGCCAUCCUUCAAUUGGAUCAGUCUCCCAUCCUCUCCCAGAGUCCAAAUAAUUGUGAUCCAUCUUACCAAAGGUCGCUGUCUACUUGUCGAACCUUAUCCGGGACUAUGCUUGAGAGGAUGAAUGCUUCCAGGAAUGAGAUGAGCACUAAGAGCAAGUCAAGACUAAGCCUAUUUGUGAAAUCUUGCAGUAGGCAUAGCCAGUCCCGAUUUUGGAAAAGCAAAACCAUCGAGAAAGAUAACAAUAUUUCGAUUGAAAUCCAGGGAACCUCGACUCCAGCCAGGAUUCCGGAUAGUACUAUACAUUCAAUACGACCCGAUGCGUCGACAAUUCUCCGGGGCAAGCAAUCAGUGCUUAGUAUACGUGUAAGUUUAUAUAUUUUUUAUUUGAGGAGCAUAAGCUAAGAUUUAAUUAAGCAUUUUAGAGCGAAGCGGACUUUUAUUUGGAUGGGUACUUAGGAGACAAAGACGACUUUGUCUCACAAUUAAUGUUCAUUUGUAAACAAAGUGGAUUCCUCGAGUUUGACGACUACAUAAAGAGGCAAGACAUGAUAUUUUAAAGGAUAAUAGUUGUUUAGGUUCAACGGACCAUCCAAACUGGGAGAAGGGACUUUUGGAGAAGUCUUCCAAGCGACUCUCGAUGGCAAAACGGUUGCUUUAAAAGUGAGGCGCUUGAUUUUAUUUAUCCUUAUUUUUUUAAAUCAUCACUUUAUCUUGUUUCUAGAUUAUCCCUUUUGUAAGAAGCGACGACGAUAUAAUCGAGUUGAACGGAGACUACACAAAGCCUGCUGAGAAUGUAUUACCGGAGCUGUUGAUAUCUAAGGAACUCUCAGAUUUGUCUGAAAACAGCUGCAAUCAGACUUCCGGAUUUGUGAAGGUUCAUGAUGCUAAAGUCGUUCGAGGUACGUUGCUAUUUGUUUUUGUUAUUUUGUUUAGGAAAUUGGCCAAAAAGUCUGUUAAAAUGUUGGAAUGACUUUAAAAAAAAAUUCCCGAGGAAAUGCUUGAACACUUUCCCAGGAGAGUACAUGGAUCCAGAGAAGGUUUACUACUUGCUGAUUGCCUUGGGGCAUGGUGGAUCUGAUUUGGAGUCAGUCGCCGAACAGAAAAGGCUAAAAUCCAAGGAGCAAGUUGUAUCCGUUUUGGUGCAGGUAUGCUUGACUUUGGUUAUCGCCGAGUCAUCGUUGGAAUUCGAGCAUCGAGAUCUCCACUGGGGAAAUGUUUUGGUCAAAAUAUCUGAUGAUACGGAGGAAGUCGUUACGUAUGUUUGUGAUUAGUAAUAAAAUAUCGGAAUCCAAAUUUUAGGUAUGUAUACGAAGGAGAGGCAAUUCAAUUGCGUACUUAUGGCUACAGGGUUAGUCUGAUCGAUUUUACAAACAGCCGUAUAAAGUCAGAUCAUACUACGAUCUAUUUGAAUCUGGGAGCUGAUAAAGAACUCUUCGAAGGGAAAGGUGAAGGCCAUAAGGGUGGUGAUUACCAGUUUGAUAUCUACAGGAUGAUGAAGGAUUCAAAUGGGUAAGUGUUGAUAAGGUUUUUUAUUUAUAUUUGUUUCAGUGAUGAAUGGUCUCACUUUAAUCCAAAAUCAAAUUGUUUCUGGAUUCACUACCUUGCCAAGAAGGUCAUAAAUGCGAUACCGCGAUACCCGAAAACUCGGAAAAUGGAAUUGCUUUCAAUUUUCGACAAGGUAUUGGAAGUGGACUCACUCAAUGACUUCAUUCUACUCCCAGAAGUCGAUAAAUUAUUCAAAGAUUAUAUCGUUGACGAGUAA